UCUACUGUCCUCCUCGCCGGCGCCGCAUCUUCAAUACCCCGCUGCUCCCAGAUCUACUACGGAACAGCCGCGAGCGCCGCAAAUUACAGAGGGAACGCUAGCAAGAAGGAUCUGAUUGCAAAUGCAGAUAGCGUGACAUCGGAGGAAGAGGAAGAAAAACGACAACGGUCCAGGCAUCUAGGUGAUGGGAACAGUGGGAACAGGGAGUUGAAAGUGGUUUCUGACUAAAUUUAGUUGAAGUUGGUAGGAAUUUAGUGGGAAGUGUUGCUGAUGGCUGACAGUGUUGAUCACUCUCCGAGUCUUUCCAAUACCUUCAAGUAUUUAUUUGCUACACAGUUCUUGUCAAGAGGGAUUCCAUUCAUAUUCAACUCAUGGAUGGUCAGGAACCUAACCGUAAAGGAUUAUGCGAUAUAUGCCGUUCAGUUUCAUCUCUUUGUCACUUGUGUGUUGUUCCUUAGUCGCGAGGGCUUCCGCAGAGCAUGUAUGAGAGCAAAGCUCAACCGUGAUACCUCGAAAGAUGAACAUGCAUCAGGGAUCUUGAAGGUAGCCUGGUUUAGUGUUCCACUGGGAAUAGUCAUUACACUUGCUGGAUGCACACUUGUUCUCUGGUGGCAGGAACUAAGUUAUUCUGAACCUUAUGCUCAAGCCAUCUUGAUUAAUGGAGUUGCAUGUAUCAUGGAACUUUUGGCUGAGCCAUUGUAUAUUCUUUCUCAGAAUAUGAUGCUCCUCAGGUUGCGGUUGGUAGUUGAAACUGCAGCCACAUUCUCUCGAUGUUUAAUGACAUAUGUCCUUAUUGUCCAACACAAUUGGGACAAAGGUUUGAUAUUUGCAGUGUCACAAGCUGCUUACGGAGCUUCCAUAUGCUUUUGUUAUUGGGGCUUCUUUCUUAUCUCACGUCAGUUUAAAAGCUAUAGUCUUUUUCCUUUCAGCUCAAGGCACAUGUUGGACUUUGAUAGGCAACUCUCAGGCAUGUGUAUGUUGUUUACUCUCCAAUCAAUGCGCAAACUUGUUCUUCAAGAAGGAGAAAAGAUGGUACUUGUGUGGCUGGAUACACCAUAUAAUCAAGCCGUAUAUGGACUCGUGGAUAAAUUAGGGAGCUUAGUGGUGAGGUUGGUUUUCCUUCCAUUUGAAGAAAGUUCGUAUGCUACAUUUGCAAGGUCUGCUUCAGCAGGUACAGAUGCCCUGAAGAUCAGGAAGUUAAGCAGAAGCCUAAGUGAUGCUUUAAAGUUAGUUUUGUUAAUAGGUCUUGUGGUAAUGGCAUUUGGCCCAAGCUAUUCUUACUCACUCAUUAGGUUAUUGUAUGGCCAAAACUGGAGUGAUGGAGAAGCAUCCACUGCCCUCCGAUAUUAUUGCUUUUACAUCAUUUCCCUGGCCAUGAAUGGAACUUCUGAAGCAUUUUUGCAUGCUGUUGCCACAGAGAACCAACUCAAACGAUCAAAUGAUUAUUUGCUUGUGUUCUCUAUCAUUUACUUGAUACUCAACGUUCUAUUGAUAAGAUCUGUUGGUGCAGUGGGACUGGUUAUAGCAAAUUCGCUGAACAUGAUACUUAGGAUUAUUUACUCAUCUGUAUUCAUCAAGAACUACUUCCAGGACUAUGAUGGUGUAUUUUCUUUCCGCAGCUGCUUACCAUCAGGUUGGAUGGUUCUAACUAUUUCUGGAAUAACCACGCUCUUUUCCGAGAAGAUAUUUUUGAACCGUGAAGUUUUCUGGACAACUUUUCCCAUUCAUCUAUCUGUUGGGAUGAUUUGCUUUUUUAUAUCUUCAGUUGUAAUAUAUCGUGGUGAAAGGUCCUUCAUUAACAGAAUUAUACGGUUCCGAGAUCAUGCUGACUGAGAAGAAAGGAUAUUGCUGUCUUUUUUCAAAAAGAUGUUGCCAGAUCUGUAAAAGAAAGUUGAAGAUGGUAGGAUUUGGAGAGAAAUAGGGAGAUUUUAUUUUGACUUUUGGAAUUAGGUUACAUCUGAUUAUAUAUAGGUGUGAUAUUUUUACAAUUAUAUUCAUAACUUCUCCCCCUGUUACAAUUUUGUACUUUUAACUAUUUUUCAUCUUAAUUAACCCCAUAACAUAUUUUUC